GGUUUUGUUUUUUUGUUUUUUUCAGACCAAGUGGACCUUAAGCGGAAACAAGACGCACAGAGGGAGACAGAGAGAGAGACAGAGGGAGCAGAGAGAGUGCGGGACAGAUAAGAGACGCGUGGAUUAACAACAUUUAAUAUCAUAUUUGAGUCUUUUUUAUUCCUGGUUUUAACACGGCACCAUGUUUCCAAAGGCUUUGCUGAUACUUGUGGUGUGCACAUGUGCUGCUUCAGCCCAGAACGGAACAGCGCGCGGGCGGACCUUUGUCUUUGUUGGAAUGCCAGAGCCGGACGAGUCUAUAGAAUAUACGGACGAUGAGUUCCCCACGUCUAACCUCGUUAAAUUAGGUCAACUGAGGAACGUGACCAGCAGCAGCAACAGGGUGCAAAUCUCAGAGGAAGCGUUGCUGUUUCUCACAGGCCCGGUGUCCACCAUCCUCAUACCGUCCUUCUACACGCUGGUCUGCCUUGUUAGCGUACCGAUCAACAUGCUCGCGAUAGUGGCCUUUGCUCUGAGGAUCAAGCCUAAGAAGCCGGCAGCGAUCUACAUGCUGAAUCUGGCCUGUGCUGACCUGCUCUUUGCUGUGCUGCUGCCCUUCAAGAUCACCUACCACUUCAGCGGCAACAACUGGAUGUUCGGCGCAGCCAUGUGCCGCGUUGUCACUGCAGCCUUCUACUGGAACAUGUACUGCUCAGUUCUGCUCAUAACCUGCAUCAGUGUGGACCGGCUCCUGGCUGUGGUCUACCCCAUCGACUCCCUGUCUUGGAGGAGGCCUCGGAAUGCCAUCGUGGCCUGCGUUACCAUGUGGAUAUUGUCGUUUGCUGGCACUGUGCCGCUAGUCCUCACCGAACAGACUGUUCACCUCAGUCAGUUGAACAUCACCACUUGUCACGACGUCCAGUCGGCGCAUAAGAUUAUCUGGCACUACAGGAUCUACUUCAUCACCCUGUGCUGCGCCUUCUUCUUCCUGCCCCUGCUCGUCACCGUCGUGUCCUACGCUCGCGUGGUCUGGUCGCUGAGCAGGGUCUCCAACGGUGUUCUGGGGCGUUCGCGCCGAAGAACGCGAGCAGUGGUGAUGGCGUUAACCGUGCUGGUGAUUUUUGUGCUGUGUUUCCUGCCCACCAACUGUCUGCUGCUAGCGCACUACCUGCAGUUUUACAAAGGUGUUACGAAGAUCCAAGAUACGCCAGACGGCUCUUAUGCAGCCUAUCUGGUGUUUAUGUGUUUGGGAAGUCUAAACUGCCUCCUGGAUCCUCUGGUCUACUACUUUGGAUCGUCCCAGUGCCAGAAACAGCUGUCCAGCACGCUGAGGUGUCAGAAGACUUCAGGGGGCAGCAGCAUGCGGCAUUCGUCAUCUGACUCCCGCCGAUCCAGCAGCAGAGCAAUUUUAAAAUCCAGUCGUACAGACAGCUCCAAAGUACACACUCAAGUUACCAACAUGGACUCGUUGAAGAAACUGCUGGUUUGAGCAGAUGUGACUCAGCAACACAGUCUCGCGGGUCAUGUGUCGCCUUUGUAGGUUUUUGUAAACCACACUUAAACAUGAGGUCACCAAAAUGAUGUCCACAUCUAAAGACGUGCAUUUCAACACGACAGUGGUUUUUACCCCUUGGCACAUAUAGUGUUCUGAGGCAAAGAGGGUGAUGACAGUGAAUGAAUGGCAAUGAAUGUGGUCGUGUUUAAGCACAAAAGCCACCUGGUUAGGGCAACCAAAGAGGCUUUAGUUAACCUCACUAGCACCAACUAGGCUGAAGUAUUAAGCGUUAUACAAUCAAGAUUGCAAUUUAAAACAAUGCCAUGAACAAAUCACAAUGUAAAGGUUCUAUAUUAUGCCUAUAUUAUGAACAUACAUUUGGUAAUGCUUUUCUUGAACCUAAAUUUGUACUAAGAAUAAGAUCAUUCAAAGUUCAAAUUCCUCUGUAAAAUCACAUUACGCCACAUAAGUGUUCUGCUGCUUCCUUUCAAGACUUUUUCUUUCUUUUUUUCACACCUGGAGUCUGGAGAACAUCUGGACUUCAGAGCAUGUCUGAAAGCAGCAUAAAUGUUACACGCCACCACCAAAGUAUACGUAACUUAAAGACCACAAUGUCACACGGAAACAUGUACGUUCUGCACAGAAGGUCCAAAAUGCAACACUUCCAAACUGUGUGACUGAACUGACUCUGACAUGAAGUCGACAUUUGUCUCUUUGUUGUGAAGUUCAAAGAGAAGAAGUUAUAGCACAGAGCUAAUCUGCAGAGUUUCUCUUUCAUUGAGAUUAAACUGUGAUACUAUGAAAUGCUUUUAUAUUUGCACUAUAUAUUGAGUUUUAUAUCCUCAGCCUAUAGAAAUAAUAGCUAUAAUAUACAAUAUAAUGGAAGGAAACUACUUUUUGCUUUUUCCACCCUAUACAAAUGUAUUGAAAAGCUAACGUUAAAGCACUUGUAAGUUUUAUAAUGUUACUUUGUACUCUAUAGAAAAUGUGCUUACUCCAGUGUUUUUGUCUGUCUAUCACUGUGACUGUGUUUAAGAGACUAGCAAACUAACCCUGGGUAAAUCACCCAGCUUGUCUUGGGCAUAUUCAGCUCCAUGCUGCCUCCUGCUGGUGUGAAAUGUGCAGUACUGAAUGUGGGUUCUGUAAAUAAAAGCUGUCAUUUUUA